GCUUUCACCCUCUGAAUGUACCAGGACUUCAGCCAAUGUAUUUAAAGUCGCGGAUUCUCAAUUGCCGACAAUUUCUGUCUAUUUGAACUGCAUCAUGGCUACUAUGAAAGCUAUCGGAGUCUCCAAGUACGGCCCGAUCGAUAACCUCGAAUCGCGAGACGUCCCGAAGCCUUCGGAUCCCACGGGCCGGCAGGUCGUCGUCAAGUUUGUUCCAUAGUUCCAGUUCCAUUUAGAUUCAGAGGUACUUAUGCUGUUCAGGGUCAAGGCCUGUUCUGUCAACCCGAUUGAUCACAAGGUUCGAUCAGGAACCUAUGACGAUGCGCCCGACUACUAUAACCACGUCCCAAGGGACUUUCAUAUCAUCGGAUUCGACGGAUCCGGGGUAGUAGAGAAAACCGGGCCUGACUGCCAACUCUUCAAAGUCGGCGAUGAAGUCUCUUGGGUAGGCCCAUCGACUGAUCAGGGGAGCUAUGCAGAGUAUCAACUCAUAAGCGAACUAGCCUGCGCCAAAAAGCCAAGAAACCUUGAUUUCGUUGAUACUGCGAGCUACGGCUUGACUUUCAUGACAGCAUAUCAGUCGCUGUAUCGAAGGAUGGAGGUCAAGCCUGAGGAGCAGACUGGUAUCUUGAUCAUAAAUGGAGGUGGUGGUGUAGGAAGUGCUGCUAUUCAGCUUGCGAGGAGAGUGCUUAAGCUUCCGGUCGUUGUGGCUACGGCAUCACGACCUGAGACGAUCGAGUCUUGCAAGAGGAUGGGCGCUACGCAUGUCAUAAACCAUCGAGAAGACCUUGCCAAGCAGAUUGACGAUUUAAGGCUCAAUGUCCCCAUCAAGGAAGCACCACCUUCCACUCAAGCAUAUCACUCGCUAACAGACACAGAUACGUCUACAUUGUCGCCCGAACCGAGCAAUACACCCAAUCCAUCGCCAAAAUCUGCGCCCCAUUCGGCAAAGUCUGCACCGUCGUCCAAGCAGACGUGAGCCUCUACGGAACAGACUUCAUGUCCAAGUCGCUGACAUUCUCAUGGGAUUGGGUGGGUUCUGCUGCAUAUCAUGACGCAGGCGUUGAGGAUUACCAUGAGAUGCUGGGAACUAUCUCACGCCUGAUAGAGGAAGGUACACUGUUCUCUACAGCUAGGACGCGUCUUAGGUUGACGCUUGAAGGGUUAAAGGAGGCGCAUAGGAGGGUGGAGAGUAGUACCACUGUUGGGAAGAUUGCGCUUGGUAUUGAUGAGCCUGGGGAGGGGGAGCCGUUCGCUUAGCUAGCAUAUCUCUGAUGACUUGGUCGCUGGUCAGUCAUCAUGUUAGAUAACGGUCAAAAGAAGCAAGAGGUAUAUAUCUAAAAAGUCUUUCGCUACAGUGGUAUCCUCAAUCAACACAACCGGUCUCACCGAAAGCCUUGGCCAACUCCUU